AUGGAUAUUUAUUUAUCUGCUAUUGAUAAAUACUUGAACGAGAAACAAGAAGAGUAUGAAAGACAACGAGAACAAGAGAUAGCCCUUGAGAACUUGUUGAUCAAUGCAGAUCCUUGGUUAGAAUCAAACUCAAUGGCUGCACUUUUAGAUUCACCAUUACAGUUGACAGACGAAAAUGUUUCAACAACUCAGUCAGAUUAUAUCACCCCUCUAGCCUCUAGUGAUCUACAACUUUUUCAAGAGCAACAGGUAACUGAACAGCCUGCCCGCAAGAGGCCUGGCAGAAAGUCAAAGCAAGUCUCUCCUGCCAUACGCAAAGCUCAGAACCGUGAAGCUCAGCGUGCGUUCAGGGAACGUAGGGAACGAUAUGUCAAUGACCUCGAAAGAACAGUACGCAAGUUGAAAGCUCAAAGACAACAAAUGGCAAAUGAAAUGCGUCAACUCAAAUCACAGCUUGAAUCUAAUCGAGUCGAGUUGUGGUAUCUCAGGGGCGUUGUUCUCUCCCUUCAUUUUAUCUGUUUCAUCAAUCAAUUGAGGAUUCCAGAGCAUACACCUUACCUCUCAGAUUCUGAGCUAUCUACGAUGAAAAGAGCAACACCGAGGGCGGUUGAAAGUUACCUAAGCGCAAAGCAAAGGAAUAACAAACUUUUAAAGCUUCCGACUGCCCCAAGCUUAGCCAAGAAAGACGAAGACGAAGAUGACAUAGAAAGAGACGAAAUACCGUUGAAUGAUAGCAACAAUAUGAAUGUGAUAUGGUUGCAACAACCUGAAAAGAUGGUGAUUAAACUACAAAAGGAAGAGGAGAGAGAAGAAGAGGAGGAGGUAGUCGAAUCGUCGGCUCAGACAGUAAAGAACAUGGAGGCUAUCAACCAGAUUCGUCAACACCUGACCCCUUAUCAAAACGAUGAGAAUGAGGCUUCACUGCGUAUGAAAUCAACUGCUUUGCAAAUGUCUGUUGACCAUGAUCCUCGUGUGGACAUUAUACCUUUCCCUAUAAUGCGUGACCGGAUGAUUCUGUUUAGAGACUUGAUCGAUUUCGAUCACUGCUUCAGCGUUCUACUGAAAUCGGCCGUCUUUCUUGGUGGUGAUCCAACUCUUCAUGUGAAUUGGGAACUUCCAGCUGAGAUCUUUAAGCAUUACUGGUUCUUUUCGACAAAUUAUGAUAGGCAUAAAACAGACUACUGGCAGCUCCACAAAAAUUGCUCUGUACAUUCUUCAUUCAUACAGCCUCCGAGCAUGACAAACCCAUACAUAAAUGCUCUAACAAAUGUAAUUUAUAAACCGUUUACAACAUCACCGUCGUCAAGGCAACCCCAAGCUGGCACCAUCGGUGAGUGA